AAACCCUCUCACGCAAACGCAGCAUCAGAUGUGGCUGCAACAAUCUAAAGUUUCUGUCGUUUGCUUUAAAAUCCUCCCGAGCAGGCGUGUUUGGUUUACAACCCGAAUUUCUCCAGGAUCACCUCCCACUCCUGUUCUCGCCCCGUGUGCGCGGGUGUGUGGGGUGUGUAAAUCCCAGCAGCUGCAGAGACACAUGGCUGCUGUGGGUGGGUGCCAGUGGGGUUUGUGGACUGCUGGAGGGCUUCCCUCUUGGAAAUCCUGGGAUUAAUGACACAUUAAGCCCUCUCCAAGAAAGUGGGUUGAAAAGGACAAAAGAAAGAAAGACAAAAAAAAAAGAAAGAGGCAGGCAGGCUGAUGGCUUUUCAUGCAAAGUUUAGUACUUCAAAAGUUAACUUCUAAGCGACUGCAGAUGUGCGGAUAAAACCUCUCUUGGACAAUAUGCAGCAGCCCUUUCCUUUCCAUCAGCAUCUCCAACUUGUUGCCUACUUCUGCUGGAUUCCCUUGUUGGCCAUUAGCACCGAGUCAGCUCCGUUAGCUCCCGAGUGCUCUCCGGACGGACACCGCAUCCUCCGCGACCCCCACCGCAGCACCAGCUUUGACUCGCUGGAGCUGCAGCGAAGGGAAACUCAGGACCUGGUUUGUGACCACUCCUUGCCCCCAGCAUGGUAUCGCUUCAUGAUCAACAACAGGCCAGCGGAGAUGCCAACCACGUGUGUCGAAAUGAAUAAAUGUGGGACGCAAGCUCCGGUGUGGCUGUCGCUGAAGUCUGAAUCCCUGCCGGUUCCCGGGGAGAGCAAGCGGCUCACAGCCUGUGCGACCUGGCAGGUCUCCUUUGCGGGCACCAAGGACUGCUGCCUGUUUCGGAUACCCAUCACCGUCAGGAACUGCGGCGAAUUCUUUGUGUAUCUCCUGCAGCCUACUCAAGGAUGCAUGGGCUACUGCGCGGAAGAAAAACUCACAAGCCUGGCUUUGCAACCGGUGAUAAGUCCAGAGCUUGUGCAAGGUCGUGUCCAGCUCAAGUGCAGUUACCGCCGUCCCUCCUCCAGGCCCCCGCCGUGGUACGUGGUGCUCUGGUCACGUCUAUCCCCUGCUGGCAAGAAGGAGCAGAUUCAGCGUGACACCACGCUGCAGUCGUUUUCCUACGUGGAGAUGAACGGUGUGAACCUCAGACUGGGAGACACGGUCUUUUGCACUGUCACUGCCUUUUCCAGGGACGUUCCUGAGCCACAGUCAUUGCCUGAAGAGAGCAAAGGUUUCUAUGCUGGGAUUAAGUUUGUACCAGAAUCGUUACAAAUUGCAGAGGAUGGCACAGAGUAUGUUUUGACCAUUCUGAGUACUGUACCCAUUGUCUGUCCUGGGCACGAUGAGUCCUGUAAAAUUACUUUACAGCUAAGUACUGAGGAUUUGGACAGCCAGUUCCCAGGGCUCUCAAACAUCGCCCUUUCGGCGUGCCGGGUGGAGCUGCCCUGCUCGGGAAGCCGCUGUGCGGCGGCCACACUGAUGGUGACAGCGGUGACAGACUUCGCUCAGGACGGGAACCGCGUCAGCCGCAUCGCAGCCCAGCCAGUCGGAUGGAGGGAUUUGCUCUGGAGGGCUUACACACCCCAGGAUGUCAAGGUCACAGUUCGAGACCUCCCAACAGGGAACUGCUACUCUUUCACUGAUCCACACAUUAUCACAUUUGAUGGAUGGCGCUACGAUAACUAUAAAAUCGGCACUUUCCUCCUGUGCCAGAGCGUGUCGCGGGAGUUCGAAGUGCACGUUCGGCAGUGGGACUGCGGCGGCCACCGCUCCGCCACCGCCUGCAACUGCGGGGUGGCCGCGCGAGAGGAGGGGGACACCGUGGUGCUGGACACCUGCAAUGGCCAUUUUCGGGAGGGCAGACCCCAGCUCACCAUCAAAAGCACCGAGGCGUCGCCACACGUCAAAAUCCUCAAGUCCUACGGGGGGAGAAAAAUAACAAUCCUCUUCCCUUCGGGAGCGUUUGUUCGAGCCGACCUGAGCGAGUGGGGAAUGGGAGUGACGGUGAGGACGCCGGGCAGUGACUUCAACAGCACCCGAGGUUUGUGUGGCCUCUUCGAUGGGAUCGGUGACAACGAUCUGAACAACAUGCCUGAGGAACACUUCAUAGAGGAGUGGAGAUUACCUCCAGGGAAGAGUUUAUUUGACAAGACUCCAGCACCUUCUGAGAGGAAGCAAAGGAAAAAUUACUGCAGAUGUCAGAAGGAAAGCAAUAGGUUUGUGCCCAUGAUAAACACACUGAACGCCUUCCAGACUCCUUCCCCUCAAUCUUCUGGUUGCCAUUACGAUCAGGUGGAUUACAUCUCCGCAAUCCCGUAUCUAGAUGUUACCUCAGAGUUUGUCGCUCAGGCAGAACCAGAGUCAACUUUGCGCAAAGAUGGGAAGCUGUCGCCCAAGUCUUUUAAUCAGAGAUAUCUGCCUAAACCAGUCCAAAAGCGAGGCAGCCCCGUGGACCAAUUAAAACCCUUUGCGCACCGUAUUUCCAUGGAAAAGAACAGUUCCACCAGCUCCACCAAACCGACACAAGACCUACAGAGAGCUAGAAGGCAAGGAGACUAUUACGACUACUCAUCCCUUCACCCAUUGCACAGCCCAAACCAGAAAGACUCGGAGAGCUUUGCGUAUUUUUUCCCAGAGGAUUACUUUGAAGGAAUUCGGGUUAAACUCCCACUGGCAUGGCCCACUCCCAACGGUCUAACUGCCACCAAAGCUCGGGAGAUCUGCCACCAAAUUCUUGCAAAUUCCACCAUUGGCUUAGUGUGCAAAGGUCUCCUUGGAAAACAGAUGGAUGAGGUGAUUGAUAUCUGCGUUUUAGAUCUGCAGCUCAAGGAUGGCGUGGCCCAGGUGAGGGCACUGAUAGCCCUUUUGGAAAAUGAAUGUGAAAGCAAAGUGCUAGGAAACAGAAACAGAGUGUUUCGGGUAGGAAACCAUCCAUCUGCUACCCAGGAGGAAAUCCUCACCGUCCUCAGGUGUCCUGCUUUCUGCAAUGGGAAUGGACAAUGUACGGAACUGGGCUGCCAGUGCUUUGAAGACUAUAGUUCCUACGAUUGUAGCAUUGCCAAAAGGCAAGCUUUGGAAAUCACAGGCUUAGAGAACGGAGGUCUCUGCGACAUCCGUGACUCCGACUGCACCAGGAUCCGGGUGUUUGGCUUCGGCUUCAAAGAGUCGCCCAACCUGCGCUGCCAAGUCACCAGGUUAAUCCAUCUCAAUGGCGAGUGGUUAUCAAGAGAACAAGAAACCACAAAAGCAGACUUUCUCAGCUCUGAGGCUGCUGAAUGCCGGAUUCCCCUCCUGAACAUCACAGAGACAGAGGCUGUGCACUUUGUGGCUGGUGAUGAGCCGAUCGCAAGAUGGCAAGUGAAAAUCACUAACGAUGGCUUCCAGUACAGUAACUCCAGAGUGCUGACCCUCUACGAUGCAGUCUGCCAGGCUUGCCAAUUCCAUCCAACCGAACUUUGUAAAUUAAAGGAAAAUACUUGUAAUAUAGAUGGACUUUGCUAUGGUGAAGGAGAGUCAAGCCCCUCCAGUCCUUGUCUUCUCUGUGCACCUGACAUUUCUAAGUUCACCUGGUCUAUUAAUGAAAACAACCUGCCUCCUGUGUUCCAGGCCCCCUCCAGCAGGCUGCUGACAUUUAUUGGUGAGAAUUUUGUUUACCAGCUAAUAGCGGCGGAUCCGGAAGGGUCGGCUGUGCUAUUCAUCUUGGAGGCCGGGCCGCGGGAUGUCAGGCUCUCUCCCGCUGGCCUUCUGAUCUGGAAAGUUGAUUCAGAAGAAACGCAGACCUUUGAAUUCACUGUGUCGGAUGAAUGCAAUGCACAGAGCAGAUACUCUAUUGAGGUUGGAGUGAAGCCCUGCGGCUGCCUCAAUGGUGGAACGUGUGUCACCAACAUUAAAUUCCCUCCAGGGCUUGGUGAAUACCUGUGCUUAUGUCCAAAUGGAUUUGAUGGAGAAUUUUGCCAGGAAGAUAUUAAUGACUGCAAAUCAAACCCCUGUGGCAGCGGAACAUGUGUGGACAGUGUGGAGAGCUACUUUUGUAUAUGUCCCCCUGGUCUGGGAGGUCUCAACUGUCAGGAAGACAGGAAUGAAUGUGAAGAGAGUCUUUGUUUUCCAGGAGUCUCUUGUAUUAAUACGUUUGGAUCAUAUGCAUGUGGAAUUUGCCCCAGUGGGAUGGAGGGAAAUGGUAAAAUCUGUAAAUCUGUGCUUGCCGCUGACAUUACAAAAGCUUUAAGCACUGAAGAAGGGAACGGCAAAGGUGAAUUGAACAAGACUGAGGUUAAGCAGCUACUGCAACCCUUAGAGGCAAAGGAUUCUUCUGUAAUUAAGAAUUUUAGCAUAAGUGAUAGACACGGCCAUGUGGCACCACUGUCACAUAUUACUACCUGCGCCAACAGGCCGUGUUUUCCUGGAGUGUUGUGUUUUGAUCGGAAACCCCCUUACAUUGGAUAUGUCUGCGGCCGAUGUCCUGCGGGGUUUUUCGGAAAUGGUCGAACCUGUACCAAAGUCCCCAGGCCAGUUUCAAGAUCUUCCCAAAGCUAUGUGCAUAUUGCUGGAAGAAAUACCGAAGAUGCUAGAGGCUCUCAUCGUGAAGAUGCUUUAAAGACACCAAGAAACACAUAUUCCCUUCUUUCCCAAACGCAAAUUCCACGACAAGAAACUACACACUUUUUGGAAAGAAACCCGCCAGUCAUAAACACUUCAUCCCUUACAAUGAAAAAGGAGACUUCCCAAGCUCGGAUACUGUCAGCAAAAAAACCUGCUAUGGAGUCCACAGAACCUGAGAAACAAUCUUUUCUUGAAAAAAGAAGCGAUACCCAGAGUUUCAUUCUGCACGAGGAGCCGGAGCUCCGAGUCACAAGUUCCGGUGUGACAACCCACACCCCUCUCUCUGCCAAACCACACAAACCAGGCACAACCCCGACUGUCCCUUCUCAUCGCAACACAAAUGCAAGUUCAUUCUUUGCAAGGCCACGUGUUGUUCAGCAACCUCAUCCCAAGCACCGCUAUUCCCCCAGAAAAUGGCCCGGUCGAGCCACAGUGUCAAACACUAAACCAUCCACAGAUUUCCCAACAGAGCAACCGGGAGCAUCUCCUUUGGCAACACGUCUCACCUCCCCUUCCCAUUCAAUAGGACCUUCCCUCGGUGCAGCUCCCCCGAGUGCUCGUGUCCCACCAGGGUCUGGUGUCCCACCAGGGUCUGCUCCCCCAGCCAGAAAGUCAUUCCACACAGCGAUGGGUCGCGUGGAACUGCCGAAAACCAGCGGUGGGACGCACCAGAAAGCUGUCUGCGCCGAUACACCGUGUUUUACCGGUGUGAAGUGCGAGCCGGGCGAAGAUGGAGGAUCUAAAUGCGGGUCUUGUCCCAGUGGAUACAGUGGAGAUGGAAUUACCUGUGAAGUGCAGUGUGAUCCACCAUGUGAGCAUGGAGGGACUUGCCUGUCUCAAAAUACUUGUUCUUGUGCUUAUGGAUUUGUUGGCCCUCGAUGUGAAACAAUGGUGUGUAACAGGCACUGUCACAACGGCGGGGUCUGUGUGUCACCCGAUGAGUGCAGGUGCAGCAGUGGAUGGAGCAGCCCUUCUUGUGACACAGCUGUGUGCAAUCCUGUGUGCUUGAAUGGAGGAGUCUGUGUACAGCCAAAUAUGUGUACGUGUCCUUAUGGCUUCUAUGGGCCACAGUGCCAGAGAGCUGUUUGCGUCCCCCCUUGUAAGAACGGUGGUCGCUGCGUUCGGCCCAACGUGUGCUCCUGCACCGAGGGCUACGCUGGAAGAUGGUGUCACAAAAGUGUCUGCGAUCCCAUGUGCAUGAACGGAGGGAAAUGCGUUCACCCGAACGUCUGUGAUUGCCCGGCUGGCUGGAGGGGACGGCGCUGCCAUCAACCUGUCUGUCUGCAGAGAUGUCUGAACGGCGGAGCGUGUGUAGGUCCCAACAUCUGCGAGUGCGCGGGAGGAUGGGGAGGAACGCUCUGCCAGACCCCACUUUGUGAGCAAAAAUGUCUAUUUGGAAGCAGAUGCAUAAGACCAAACGUCUGCGCUUGCAGAAGUGGCUAUACUGGUUCAGCAUGUGAAAAGAAGCUACGACCUGACAUCACUUUACAAGACCAAACUGCUGAAGACUGAAGGUUCAUGAAGGCAAGUGACAUGAAGAAACAGCAGAGAUUUUUCUGCAGGAGAUAAAAAUGACUGAAGCACCAUUCACAUACAAAAUUAAACACAAACCUGGCUUUAUUCUCUAUUUCUUCACACAAAACAAGAUCUGGUUUUGCAACUUCUACUUGGAAACAUCUUAGAAGAAAGAUGCAAGUCAAGACAUAAGCAGUGAGUUAAACAGAACUGGUUUAUAGACAGUAGCUAGAAAGAUCAAGAUGGAAAACCAUUGGUUAUUGAAGUUAUGCAGGUUCAGGCUAUUGAAAAUAAAACAGUGUAGUAAAUUGGGGUGGCAUCUGAACAAGGCAAAAGCAUAGAGAUUAAUACUGACAUAAGGAUAUAUAGAUAUUACAAAGUAAGCCCAGAACAUUGAUUUCCCUUUCCUUAAAGAAAUGGAAUAGGAGGAAAGGAGUGAAUCCAAAAUAACCAAAAGAAAGCCAAGCUCAGGAUCAAGGCAGCAAAAGCUGGGAGUGAGUUUUAAGUUCUGUGGGGGGAAAAAAAUCAAACCAAACACCACAAAAAACACACAAAAUAAUAAUAAUAAUAACAAUAACAAUAAUAACAAUAAUAAUAAAACCCCACACAAUAACAACAAAACCCAGAACCCUGAGCAAGGUUAGAGGAGCAGCAGAAAGGAGCUGAGGGAUGGUGGCAGAUAGGAUCUAAGUUAGCAGAUAUUACACUAGAGACUGCCUGGAUUUUAAAAAAGAAAGAUAGAUAAAGGGAAUUCAUAUCAAAUAAUAGGAAAUUAUUACGGACCUAUAAAGUGGAUUGCAGUCUAUAGCAGAAAACGUUUAUGCGUGAACAGAAAUCUCUUUAAAAGUUUAAAACAUUCAUCAUGAAGGGGCUGCACAUAUGCUGAUCUUAAAACGAAGGGUUCUAUCAGUGGAAAUGCUUAUAAAAUCUGUCUAAUCACGGUACCUGUUGUGUCCUUAAAUAACUGAGAGAAUCAAACUCAAACCCAAUGAGUUAACUUGAUAUAAUUAAUCUGUAGACACCAAACACCUGGGUCUGCAGGAUGGACACAGAUCCACUGCUCAAGUCUUUUGGAAAUGUUACGGCUCAGACAAAGAGAACUGCACUUGUAUAAACAAGGUUUCAACACAAAAAUAAACUACUAACUGAAAAGGGCCUCAAGGGAAAUGUUAAAUUGUUCUUCCACCUCAAACGCUCCUGAAACUAUUCACACAGCAGACUGUAUGGAAUAAGGAAAAUGGACUUUAUACUGUGACAGGCCAGUCAUCACAACAGAAAGUGAUGGGAUUUAAACAGGGACUUGAACCUGAGUUUUCAAAGUCCAAGUCCUGAGCUGCAUAUUAAUGAACACACAAUUUCUAACAAACUAUACACAAGAACUGGACAAACGAAACACACCUGUGAAUUUAAGAAAUUAAGAUGCAACAAGGCGAGUGACCUUCCAUAGGUCUGACAAGACGCUUCUGCCAGACUGAACCAGCUGCCUCUGCCAAUGGCCGUGAGCUGAGAUCCUCCAGGAGACCCAGGAGGCGGCAGAUGGGGAGGUCUCCAUGGCCUGAAUGGGCAGAUGGAAGAGAAACAGUUCCCAGUAAGGUCAAGGGGAGAGCAGAGGCAGCAGCGGCUGUGCUUACACAGCUUUCUGGAGCUUGUGGCCUUCCUAGCAGCCAGUUCUACCAACUCAGACUGAGCCUAUUCUGACACAACCUUAGGGCCAAGAGCUGAAUGCAAAAUUCUGAAGUCCCAGACCGAUGCUCUUAUAAUAAUGCCAUCUUUCUUUUUUAAAGAUAGAUUUUAGUUUGGUCUUGCUAUAUUAAAAGAAAAAAAAUGACCUUACUACAUCAAAUAAGUGAUGUUGAACACUACGCAAAAGACUUAACUCUUUCAAAGCCUGUGUUAAGGUGACAGGACACCACAAGGCAACGCUGCUACUAUUUAGUCCACACUUCAGCUGAAAUAAACUUCAGAAAGCAAAGCUCAAGCUAUUUUAAACCCAUUUUAAUACUUCAGUUGAAGUAUAAGAAUCUAAACACACUUUUCCACUCAUCGCAGUUAAUAAGUAAUCUGAGAACUAAUAAAUUUUCCAUAGAUGUGUGAGGAAUUAUCCCUGUGCUUGAAGGGGAGAGUUUUGUGCCAGCAGCCUGGCACUACGAACCACUUCUAAGGUUUGUGUAGUGCUUUCUGGCCAUCAGAAGAAAUCUUAAUUUGCAAUUUUAGCACUGUAUACUGACAACUACAGCACUGUGAUUUGUUACUACCUGAGAGUUCUGGGGAGUGUUUUGCCCAGAUGCUGUGGGCCAAGUCCUGUCCUUGGGUGCUCGGGCACAGCAAACGCACCUGCGGACUUGAGGGUUAAAUUGAGAUGAAGGAGAAAAGGCCACAUGAGAUACCGAGUUCCACUUUGGGUCAUUUCAUGCUUGGAUUUGUAGUCAGUAGCUUUGAAUUUUCUUAGUUAAGAGAGAGCACCUGCAAUAUACUCAAUUUUAUGCAAGUUAGGUGUGCUCAUGGAUUUGUAGUACGCUGAAGUAGCUCCUAUCUGUGCAGAAUUACUCACAGAAAUGGGGAAAAACAUAAAACAACACCAAAACAAAUUAAGCAAGAGUUCAGAAAGCUUUCUGCUUAAUUUUGAGCUCAAGCUUUCUCAAAAUGAAGCAGUCUCAUGGCCCUCAUCCACAGAAAGGAAGCGCCUGGAGCAGAAUCCCGUCUGACUGCACAGCUGCAGGGAAGCGUGAGCUGAGCCUGCCCUACCAAAGCCAGGCCCAAAGCACAACACUUACAGCUCCUUGCUUAACUACAGCUCCCGACGGCCCCUCCACAGGCUUUUCAAUACCACCUUAUCUACGCUGGAGUUUCAGUUAGAGAUGCUCUUGCCCAUAUAUCCCAUAGCCAAGGGGUAUCACGUCAAGGAAACAUUCCAUGUCCAGACCCAAACCCACCUGCAUUUUCUCCUUGGCCUCCCAGAGAGGGAACGUGCAGGUAACAGAACUAUUCUCUAUAGCAACUCAAGAGCUGAAGUAGCAAGCAAGUGAACACUCAUAAAAGAGAGAAUUUCUUUGAUUUCAAAAGCUUACAUUCUUUAUAAUGCCACAGAAACGAAGUUUGAAGAAGAUAAGAACCUGUCACUGAGUUCUAGGCUGUGGAUUUAUCAGUCUGCAAUAGCAAAUUAAAUACUUAAAAUUAUUUGCAUAUUAGAAAGAUGUCUAGUCGGCACUGGGAUGUGAAGCCAGCACUCCAUGCAUUUUUAUCGAAAAGCAUAGUGUCACUACUGAAUAUACCAUACAAACUAUGCAGAGACUACGUCACAUUAGCAAAAUUACAGCAAGAGUUAUCAAAGACAAAACUUAAAACAUGAUUAAAUAAUACACUUCCAUUAAAAAUUAUAAAAUGAUUGCUUACUUCUCUUUGGUAGAAAUAACUACUGGAGAACACAAAUCCAUCUGGACAUUUUUGGGGCACAAUGCUCUUUCUUUUUAAUUAGCGGUUUAUAGGUAAAACAAAGUACAACUCAAAGAGACUCAAUCAGAUCAAGCUUGGCCUUUAAAUUUUCCAAAAACUAGUUUAAUAUUACUGUCUGUUUUAUCAUUAUUUUAUCAAAUCAUCAACAAAAUAGAAAUAUAUAAACUUUAUCUUUCUAAUUCUGUAAACAAUAUCUAGUGGUGAAAAUAUGCCAGCUCAGAGCACCAAAACUUGGAAUGGACUUGAAUCAAAAUAUAUAGGGAAAAAAAAUAUAUAUGUUUAUAUAAUCCAUCUUCAAAAUGAGAGAAAAGAAAUAGAUUUUCCAGUCAAUAUGAGAUUUCAAAAUGUAAAGCCCUAUAUGGUAUAUUGUCGGGGAUUGGCUCAAGGAGCACAGACAUGAGUCCACCAAGCAACUGUACGAGCAGAGCCCAUUUUAGUUGACAUAAGUAGGCCUUAGUUAGCUUGUCUAUUAGGCCGUGGGAAAGGGGGGAACGGAAAAGUACUAACUAAGGCAGGGUCAGGAUAUUUUUGAAGAGAUAAGAGUCAGAAGAAUGCGGGAUGCGCAUAGCUAGCUAAACCCAAGUAGGUAGAGUAAGUAAAUGUAACCUUUUAGUGCUUAGCCUAUUAGAUAGAGACAAGUAUGCAUAAUUAUGGUAUUUGGUAUAAAUGCACGCUAUCUCGGGCAAUAAAGUUGAAGUAUGCUU